ACUAAGCGCCAUUUCCAAACUGGUAACGGAUCAACAUUACUCAGCGAAGCAAAAACAAUGUAAAUGCGAUUUCCGACGCUUCCACCACGUCUAUCUUCUUCCACAACCCGUAAAAUCUCCUUGCAAGAAAACUCCAUCAUCCCAAUACAAUAUCAUUGCCCAACCCCAAAUUACCACUUACAAUAUGAUACUGAAUCGCGCCUAAUCUCUCUUCUUGAUUCCUGCAGUCAUCUCAACCAUGUCAAAUUACUCCAUGCUCAAACUUACUGUUAUGGUCUGGGAGAAAACAGCUAUAUUCUUACCAAAUUUAUUCGAAUUCUCACCAAACUUAAGUCUUCUAUGGAUGAUUAUCCUCGCACCAUUUUUAACCAAGUUCAAAACCCGGAUGUUUUUCUUUGGACUGCUCUCAUUCGUGGGUAUAUCUUUAAUGGGCCUAUUUCUGAAGCGAAGGUCUUGUACAGUUGUAUGAGGAGACAAGGUGUUAAACCUUCGUCAUUUACUUUUUGUGCUCUUUUUAAAGCUUGCACUUCGAUGGGAGAUUUGAGUUUGGGUUGUCAAUUACAUGGGCAAAUGUUCAAGUUUUCUGGGUUUGAUUCUGAUUUGUUUUUACAUGCUGGGAAUGCUUUGAUUGAUUUGUAUGUAAAAUCUGGGGUUUUGAAAAGUGCACGUAUGGUGUUCGAUGAAAUGCCUGUGAAAGAUUUUAUUUCUGGGACUUCUUUAAUAGUUGCUUAUGCUAAGAACGGAGACAUGGAGGUUGCUAGGGAGUUGUUUGAUGACCUUGAAGUGAAGGAUGCUGUUGUUUGGACUGCUAUGAUUACAUCCUAUUCCCAGAACGCAAGGCCUAAGGAAGCUUUGGAGUUGUUUGAAAGAAUGCAGUGUUUUGGGAUAAAAGUUGAUGAGUUUACAUUGGCUGGUGUUAUAUCUGCUUGUGCUCAGCUUGGUACAACUAAGUACGCGUUGUGUAUUCGAGAUAUUACUGAAAGAUCAGGACAUGGACCAGAGAGAAAUGUGGUUAUUGGGUCUGCAUUGGUUGAUAUGUAUGCCAAAUGUGGGAGACUAAACGAUGCAUAUGAGAUUUUUAAUGUGAUGAGGGAAAGAAAUGUGUAUACUUAUAGCUCAUUGAUUUUGGGGCUUGCAAUCCAUGGUCGUGCUGUUGACGCGUUGCAAUUGUUUUAUGAGAUGGAGAAAACGGAUAUAAGACCUAAUAGAGUCACUUUGAUUGGGGUGCUUACGGCAUGUAGUCAUGCUGGAAUGGUUGAAGAAGGGCGUAGUUUCUUUGAAGACAUGGAAGAAAGAUAUGGUGUUACUCGUAAUUGUGAACACUAUACUUGUAUGGUUGAUCUUCUUGGACGAUCCGGUCACAUAGAAGAAGCCCUUACCCUUGCUCAAUCAAUGCCACUAGAACCUCAUGCGGGUGUGUGGGGUGCGCUACUUGGAGCUUGUAGCAUCCAUAAAAACCCCGACAUUGCCGAGAUAGCUGCUUCACAUCUAUUUGAACUUGAACCCAAUAAUAUCGGAAAUUAUGUCCUACUUGCAAACAUACUUUCAUCAGCUGGAAGGUGGGAUAGUGUUUCGAGAUUGAGGAAAGUGAUGAGGAUGAAGGGUUUGAAAAAGAUUCCUGCGCGUAGCUGGGUGGAAGGAAAGAAAGGAAGCGUUCAUGAAUUCUUUGCCGGGGAUCUGACUCAUCCACGGUCUAGAGAGAUUAUUCGGGUGUUGGAGGACAUUCUAACUAGGUUGAAGCAUCAUGGGUAUCAGCCGAAUUUGGAGUCAGUGUGUUAUGAUGUUAGUGAUGAUGAUAAGAAGCAGAUUCUAAUGCUUCACAGUGAGAAAUUAGCUUUAGCAUUUGAAUUAUUGACCACUGAGUCUUCUCAUACAAUCAGGAUUAUGAAGAACAUUAGAAUUUGUGAGGACUGCCAUAUUUUUAUGUGUGGUGCUUCUCAGAUUACUGGGAGGGAGAUUAUUGUAAGAGACAACAUUAGAUUUCAUCAUUUUCAUGAUGGAACAUGUAAUUGUGGAAAUUUCUGGUGAUUAUUACUCUGAAUAUUAGAAUAUAGAUACCUACAUCCUUCCCUCCCUAGACCCUGAUCAUAGUUUUCUAUGGGUAGAAUACACUGGUAAGAUGAUGACGAUGAGAUACCUACCAACCUAAUGCGUUGAAGUUGUGCCUUGAGUUAAUGGUUUGAUGGGCAUGGUUUAUAAGGAUUGAAUCAUGAUGACGCAAGAUGGGUCAAAGAAAUUUUCUCGGUCGCGCAAGGUGUAUGCGCGAGUAAAAUGCAAAGGAAGAGAUCAAAGCCCUAGGAAGUAUGCUGCUCGGACAAGCAACAUUGUGGAUAGGCCAAAGCUUACAAAUGGAGGGAGUGUCAUUAGAAUUUUGGCUCGUCAAACGGCUAUAACUUGGUCUUUUGGCCACCCGCACUAUAAGUUUUGGCUUCGCCACUAAUUCGUUUCAACCAUAUUAGUCAGAUGUGGGACAAAUAAAAGUACUUUCCCUCAGUAUCAUAUUGGAGAUAAUAACGUGGAGCCUUUACUAUUACUUAUACUUCUCCUACAGAAACCCCUUCAAUAUAUCCUUAAUAUAUUCUGUAUUCUCUUCUACCCUUUCAAACUCACUAUUCCAUCAAACAAUAAUCCGAUCCAUAAAUCAAGCUUAGUUAAAAUGAUGGGUCAGGAUAAUCAUGUUGAAGCGGAUCAAAGAACGAAAGAGCCUGAAAAGCAGGCAGGAAAGCAAGAGGAAAUGGUGGGAGCGGGAAACAGUAUGUUCUCAGGGAGACGCAAAGAUAAUGAUCAGGCAGAGGAGUACUGGGAUCCUAAAACUGCAGCAUUCAGCUCUCCUUUUUAUGACCCUUUUUGUGAGGGUGGAGAAGAAGAGGUCAAUAAUACAGCUCAUCUUCUAGCAGGUGUUGCCACCAUUGAAGCCUAUCAUUCUAAUGGAGCUCAUCGUACUUAAUUAAAUAUGCCUGCCACCGGAUUUUUUUUUUUUUUUUCUUACUAGCUUUGCUUAAUAAGCUGCCUUUGCCCUAUAUUAACGCACUAAAAAAAAAAAGGUCAAAAUUGGCUAAAUGUAUAAUAUAAGUGUCUGUCAUUAAUUUGGCGAUAAAAUGGUUUAAUUUCGUUUUGAGUUAAUUGUGUUGAAAUUGACCAAAUUAGAUAAGUCGAAAUGUAAGUUGGUUGUGUUUACAUGUUCAAAGGAUAAUUGAGCAUAAAAGAAGGGUUGAUUUUAUGUUGAUGUGUAAUUUUAUGAUAAAUUUUAAAUAUUGUGUUAUAUUGAGAAUUAUAAAUGUUUAUAUGGUUUAAAAUAUAAAAAUUCAAAUUUACUAUAUAAAUCGAGUUAUAUGCUUAUUGAUUCAUCAACAAUAAUCUUCAUGGAAAUAUUUAAAAAGAGCAUCAUCACACGUCUACUUGUUUAGCAUGUUUUUGACUAGGGAGGGCAAAUCAAGGAAUAGUGUGGUACUCUCUUUUGUUUAUUUAGUAGAGAAAAGUAGGAGAGGAAGAUAAAUUGUAUUUGUGCUACACUUAAAUUAUUAUGAUGAGAUUCAUGAAAUCAAU